CGCAGAGAAAGAGGACAGGAGCAACGCGUCAACAGAAACGUCGCCGGUACAGCUUCUUCAUAAACCAUUAUUUUGUUUAGAAUGCGAUCCUGAUACCUUUUACCCUAAAGAUGGCUUUCCUAGACAUACAUGUUAUGUUGACAUGAAUAAGGGGGAUUCUAGUGAAUAUGAAUGAGAUGGAGACGAUGGACUCACCUGUUAUCACAUCUUUACAUCAGAGUGAUGAAAAUGAAAUGCAGUCUGAAAAUGAUCUAGACAGUAUUACAGAGGUGGAAGAUCUCGUCACUCUCCCAAGAAUUGAAAGAGGCAAAGAGAGAAAGCUUCUAGACCUUCCCUCAGAAGACAAUUUAAACCCAAAACAUCUUCCUGUGGACAUUCAAAAAGAAGACGCUGUUGUGUUUGAUGCGUCAGAAACUGUUAACGCGUCAGAGGACAAUGGCCAUGAAGACUCUGGUGAAUUUGUUGUAGCCAUGUUAGCUCGAGGAACGCUGGAAGAGCAGGGUGUGUGCACAAAGAGAAUUUCGUCCCCUCUCUCAGAAACUCCCCUAGAGGCUUCCUCUCACUGGGACGAGGAUGUGACUGCAGAGAGCUGGAGACAGCACCGGAAGCAUGUAUUUGUUCUGAGCGAGGCCGGGAAGCCCAUCUACUCCCGCUACGGCAGUGAGGAAGCCCUCUCCUCCACCAUGGGGGUCAUGAUGGCUCUGGUGUCCUUCAUUCAGAGCGGGGACAAUGUCAUUCGUUCUGUCUAUUCAGAUGAGCAUACAGUGGUCUUCAUGCAGCAGGGGCCUCUGGUGCUUGUCUCUGUCUCUAGCACCCAUCAGUCCGAGCAGCAGCUACGCAAUGAACUGCUUUAUGUCUAUAACCAGAUUGUGAGCAUGCUUACCCAAGCCAGCAUCACUCGCAUUUUUGAGCACAAGAAGAACUACGACUUGCGCCGCUUGCUGGCUGGCUCAGAGAAAAUCCUAGAUGGUUUACUAAACCUGGUUGACUUUGACCCUAGUUUCUUGCUUUCAGCCGUGCACUGUCUACCUAUUGCCUCUUCAUUCAGGGACUCUCUUAGCCAGAUACUUCAGAAAGCCAUCACUCCCAACCUAGUCUUCUCUAUACUCAUUGCAAAGAACCAGCUGCUCACCAUUGCACAGGAGAGGAUGGUGAUUGAGGAUGCCAAGCUGGACCCUGCUGAUCUUCACCUACUGCUCAACCUUAUCGGUGCCUCCUCUGCAUUCCAGGCUGGUGAGAUCUGGACCCCAAUCUGCCUCCCCAGCUUUAACCCUGACUGUUAUUUUUACGCCUACAUAUCCUAUCUUGACCCCCCUGAGUGCACUGUGUGCCUGCUGCUGCUGUCCACAGACAAUGAGGCAUUUUAUGCAGUGGCAGAGUGCAAGAGGAAGAUUGAGGAAGCCAUGCAGGCUCAAAAUGCUCUGACCUCCAUUGCCAAAGCUCAGUCCUACAGCGUUAGUCAGGUGGGAGUGUCUGAUCUCCGGCACUUUAUGUACAAGCCUUUUGAUGUUCCAGACAACCACCAUCAGCUAACCCAGUUCACCAGCCCAGAGAUGGAAGCUCCUUAUGACAGUGAGGAGGAGAAGAUGAGGCUGCUGGACCUUUACAGAGAUGUGCAUGGCCGCAUACACAACACUGCACGCCCUCUUAAACUCAUAUACCAUGUGGCGGCGCGAGAGACCCUGCUGGCCUGGGUUACAACCAAAUUUGAGCUGUAUACUUGCUUUAGCCCUCUUGUAACAAAGUCCUAUGCCAUCAAUGCUAUUACGAAAUUGCUGCGGUGGGUGAAGAAGGAGGAGGACCGUCUCUUUAUACGAUAUCCCCCGAAGUACUCAACUACACCCAAUGCAAGCAAAAGCUAAAAGUGGUGCUCAGCUGGUUCUGCUAAGAACAACGUUCUCUGUGUCGGAACUGACACUCAGCACUCUGUUUCAGAUGGAUAUGGAUCAUGCUGAGCACUAAAUUCUUCCCAAUACCUCAGCAGCAUUGGAGAACUCCUCACUUUAUUAUUUUUGUUAUUAAUAGUAAUGUUUGGAAUAUUACAGUCCUAACUUAACAUGUCUUUGGAUGAUGGAAUGAAGUAGGUGCUUGAUUUAUUGAUUUUGUACAAAAAUUAUCAUGUGUCAAAUUAGGGAUGUCAGUUUACACAAAUUCCCAUGAUCGAUCGUCAUUUAAAUUAAUUAAUUAUUCGUUAACCUUAAUACCGCAAGAUGUGCAUACUGCAGUGGCAUAUAGCAUGACAGGGUGUGAAAAUCCCACUCAAAACACCAGCCAAUGCAUAUUACAGAACAUUCUGAGAAUACGAAAAAGCAUACUUUUACUCACGAAUGUCCAUAACAUGUUACAUGCCUACACCAUUUAUUAAUUAUUUCGGCGGUCCUGCUUGAAGUUGAGACUUGCAUACCUCACAUAGAUAACAUUUCAUUAUUUAUAUAUUACAUGUUCAGAAGCUAAACGUACUCGUUAGAUGAUAUGCUAAUCCAUUUCAGAAUCCAUUCUUGAAGGAAUGUUGUUGAAUGAAAUUCAGUAAUAAAUAAAUGGUGUAGGCUUGUAACACGUUAUUGACAUUCAUGAGUAAAAGUACACUUUUUUCCCCAUAAUAUCCUAUGCACAUUUGGGAAGAAAAUAGCACUUAUAAUAACAAAACAACCUUUAUACUUACAUGGAUGCACGCAAUAUGAUUAGGCUCUGUUGCCAGAGUGCACAUCUGAGACUGCGUUAGUGACACAUCGCAUAUUAUAGUCAUUAUAUUUGAUUUAUUAAAUGUCAUUUUAUCAAAUGAUCAUAAUCACAUCGAUUCAUUUUACAGUCCUAUUAGCCUAUUAUUUAGAAUAAAAACCUUUUCAUUUGGGUGAGGAAACUGGCGUUUUGAGUGGGAUUUUCACACCCUCUCACAGCGGUGGCUAUGCCAUUGUAGUAGAUGCAUCUUUCGGUAUUAAGAUUAACAAUUAAUAGAUUAAUUGAUCAUUAAUUUAAAUGGCGACCGAUCAUGGGAAUUUGUGUAAAUUUGCAUCCUGAAUUUUAAAACACAAUCACAAUGUUUGCAAUUAACAUUAUCACCAUUUAAACUAAAAUGAUCCCAAACGUAACUACUGCGUGCUCACCUUCAUUUUUCCUCAUGUGUCUGCUGCGUGUGUUUUGUGCAUGAGCGGCCACGCAUCUCAAAACUACACACUCUAAUGAUGACCUUGCUUAAUCGACCGUCGAUAAGUUUUAUCAAUUCAAUAAUUAACGACAAUUACUUGAUCAUUGAUUAAUCAUUCGCAUCCUUGCAUCAAAUAAUUCAGACAUUAGGCUCCAUGUAUUCACCAUUUCAAAUGCUGAUAUUCCUUUAUUAGAAGGAAAAGUGUGUUCUCUCUCUCCAGACUAACAUUAAUUUAAUAUGAAUAAUUAAAUAGUGGCAGUGUGUGAUUCAAAGUUUGCCCAAACUAUAUUUUUACUCUCAAACCUUUUUCAUGUCAGUGUUCUAUAAAAUUGAGCUGUUUGACAGUUGAGAGUUUAUUUUUAAAGGGACACCAAGAGUGGCCACUAGGCUUGUGCAGUAUCAACGAAUAACAAUAUUAUUGUCCCUGCAUGAUAUUACAUUAUAUCCAGUGAUGUUUAUCUCAGAUUAUAUUAGGUAUAUUGUCACAUCUGCCAGCUGACAUUUCGUGUAGGAAUAAAAAGAGAUUAAAUAGGCCUUAAAGAAAGUGUCAGAUCUAACACAUUACAAAUAAUGUUAAUGGUUAUGAUGAUUAGAAAGUGAAUAAAUGCACUGUUUUGUUAUUUCUUUUUGACUGGCGCUCUCCUGCUCAACAUUGUGCUGCAUAAAUAGAAAAUAUUGGCCAUGUGGACACUAGACAACUGAUUUCUAAAAGGAUUACAUCGUUGUGUUUUUUUUUUAAAUAAAAUAAAAUAAAAUAAAACUGUUUACUGUGCAUUACUGCAGAAUCACUUAUAAAUCCACCAUCCAGCUGAACUUUUGCAUUUGCCACAGCUCCAAACUUCACAGCUGCCUCCCCUACUGUUUUAAACUGGAAAGUGUGGAAAUACUUGUUUUCCUGUGUUUUCAGGCUAAUGGUUCUGGAAGAUUAACAUGUUAUGAUACUAUAAAAUGAAAAUCAAGAUCAAAUAUCAAUAUAGCACAAGUCUAGUGGCCAACAUUUAAUGCAUUACCCUGGAAUUGACCUGUUUUUUGUUAGAUUUUUUUUCAACCAGGUUUCCAAGACAGAAAGAGUCUUGUUGGUGUCAACAGAUUAAAAUCUCAGUUCUGUAGAUGGUGCUGUAGCUUAAGCAUACAGGUAAGGGCGGGCGUACAUGGUGCGAUUUUUGCCUGUUGUGUGAGCUCCUGACUGCAUUCUAUCUUGUCGGGAUAAAUCGUGUGGAAGUUAUUGGUGCUCAUGUGAGCGGUAUUACAAGCAGAGCUGAGCUGCACACAAGCAGUUUAUGACCUUUUCAAAAGGUCAAAAGGUUUGGGCGCUCUCAGCUUGAAUUACUGUGGUGUUUGUGAGGUUGAACAAUCUACCUGAAAUGACCAAUCAGGAGGCAAGGAAAACCACAGAAGAAGAAAGACAUUGGACAUUAAACAUCAUCUUGCCGAACAGGAAACUUAUCUACUACAGCCUCAUUGUGUUUAUACUCGCACUCUUACAAACUAUUCCAACUCAAACUUUGCAACUUGUAGGUUUAUCAAUUUAUAGUAUUCUCCAACUGUAGUGCUUUUUAAAGUAAAGAUUGAAAGAGUUGUCAGAAGCUUAGUGGUGGCGACGUUGUAGUGGUGGAUGUGACUGUGGUGUCGUCUCAUUGCGUACGCCCGCCCUUAAAGGCAUUAUUUACAAUUUACAAAGUUUAUUUCUUCAGAGCAAGCUUUUAUUUCGUCUAACUAAAAUGGGUAUGAUAUGACUGAGUGAGUCUACAUGCAAACAAACAUGACUAUUAUACUUAUUUUGGACAUCAAUGCAAGAAUUUGAUAUUAGAUUUGUAGGCAAAAUACUAUGAAAAUCAGAUUUAAAGAAAUUUUUUAAUAAGUUUUAGCCAAAUUAUGAGGUUGCUCAGUGCAUGUAUACUGCACAUGUACAUUAACCAGCUUGUUUCUGUCCUUCUAUCCAAAUAAAAUAACUUGAAGGAGGACAGAAGAAAACUAUAUUAUUAUUAAAGCAAUUUGAGUGAUUUAUUAGCAGACAGUUGUUCUUCCAAACAACAAGAAACGCGCUAGAUUAAAAAUACGCAUUACGCAUGUGCAUUAUAAAAAUGGUGUAAAAAUGACAUUUUUACUACAAAAUCUGGUCUUAGACUUUGCUGGUGUGUGGUGGUGGUGAUAAAAAGUCAUGGUAUAAUUUUCCAUUGUCACGUCAUAUUACUGGAAUGUAAAAACAGUUAUAUUUGUGUUUCUUUGUCUUCUCUUUUGGAAAUACACGGUCUGUUCUGUAGAAAAACAGAAGAAGGUGCUACUCAAUUAGACACUAGUUCAGUGAUAUUUACAUGUUUUUUCAUUGUUUGGUCACAGGGCCACGAAACAAAGCAAUUUGACUGUUAAAAAUAAAUAAAAUGAUCAACUUUUGUUCUUAUUUGCAACUUAAGGUAUUUGCUCAAAACCAUGUAGUAAAGACACCGUGUAUCACAAUUAACUUGUACUUUCUUUGUUCAGUUUCCAUGGGCUGUGUGGUUUUUCUCUUGAACAAUACUUUGAGUAAAUAUCAAACAGUGUAUUUAUUUCCCUUCUCACAAAUUAAUUUCAGGCAUAGUUGGCACAUUGAGUUGAUUUUACAGGCUUGUAUUUGUAUUAUAUUUUCAUCUGUGUCCAUUGCAAAUUUUGCUGUUUUUACUUUCUUUUGGCCUAAACUUCUGGAGAUGUUUACCUUGGGUUGUUUCAUGAAGUGUAUAGUGUAAAUGCAGAUAUCGGAUAUGGGUCACUUUUAAAAGAUGUACACGGAUCAUAAAAAAUAAAUAAAUAAAUAAUCGGAUAUAGUCAACAAAUCGGAAUUGGGCAUCAGGACCUGCAGUGUAAAUGCAACCUUUGAAAUGCCCAAGUGUCCUAGCAGCCUGAUUUCAACACCACUUGUUGUUUACAUGCAAAUAUUUUCACCAAUCCAAAUGAAUUUUAUAUGUAUACAUUAUAUACACGGAUCAGCCAUAACAUUAAAACCACUACUAUUUGACUUGAAUAACUGAUUAUCUCAUUAAUGGCACCUGUCAAGGGGUGGAAUAUAUUAGACAGCAAGUGAACAAUCAGUUCUCAAGGUUGAUGCACUGGAAGCAGGCUAAAUGGGCAAGCGUAAGGAUCUGAGCAACUUUGACAAGGGCCAAAUUGUGAUGGCUAGGAGACUGGAUCAGAGAUUUUCCAAAAUGGCAGGUUUUUUGGGGUGUUCUGGCAUGCAGUGGUUACUACCUACCAAAAGUGGUCCAAGGAAAGACAACCAGUGAACCGGCAACAGGGUCAUGGGAGCCCAAGGCUCAUUGAUGUGCAUGGGGAGCAAAGGUUAGUCCAUGUGCUCCAAUCCCACAGAAUGGCUACUGUAGCACAAAUUACUAAAAAAGUUAAUGCUGGCUAUUAUAGAAAAGAGUCAGAACACAGUGCAUCGCAACUUGCUGUAUAUGGGGCUGUGAAGAUGCAGACCUAUCAGAGUGUGCAUGCUGAACCUUGUCCACCGCAGAAAGUGCAUACAAUGGGCACA